AUGGACGUAGUCGAGGCAGCCGUGAAGAGUGUCCCUCCGCAUCUGCGCAAGACAUUUGCUAUGUUAGCAGCAUCCAGCGGCAACCCAUCAACUACGGAUUGGCGCGUGCUUCAGACGAAGAAGCUUCAAUGUCAGAGCAGACGACUGAAGCCGAUGGUGACGGAGAGGCACAAGGCCGACCGCGUUGAGUUCGUUCGGUUAUUUGUUCAUGCGGCAUCCAAUGUCCAGAUGCGGUGGGACGACAUGCUCGACCGCGUGCACAUCGACGAAAAGUGGUUCUACCUGACGCUGGUGAACCCUCGGUACUACCUCUGGCAUGAUGAAGCCGUUCCUGUCCGCAAGCGUUCAUCGAAGCGUCACAUCAUCAAGGUGAUGUUUUUGACAGCCGAGGCAAGGCCGCGCUUUGAGGACGCCCUGAGGAAGAUGUGGGACGGCAAAAUCGGCAUGUGGCCCUUCGUGUCGGUUGUGCCAGCUCAACGAAAGAGCAAAAAUCGCGAGCGUGGAACUCCGGUGGCUGUGACCGGCGUAUCUGCUGGAGCAUGUGAUCUCGACGAUCAAGAAGAUGUGGCCCGGUCAACGCAGUCAACCGAUCUACAUCCAACAAGAUAA